AUGGAAUACGAGGGGAGAGCGAUAGCGGAGGCGGUGGAAAAGAUAGUGGAGGAGAAAUUGAGGAAGAUAGCGAAGGAGAAGAAAGAGGUUGGUAAAAGGAAGGAGGAGAGGUUAGAGGAGCUAAAGGAGAAAGUAAAGAAGAUGUUGAAGGAGAAGAAAGAGGCAGGCAAAAGGAAGGAGAAGAGGAGGGAGGAGCUUGAGGAGAAAGUAAGAAGAUUGGAGAGAAAGGUAGAAAGAUUGGAGCUAAAUGCAGGCAAAAGAAAGAGAAAGGACGAGGGGGAGAGUGAGACGGGGAAGAGAAAAUGGUGGGCGGGGACAAGUGAAGGGAACGAGGACGAGCAAAGAAAAAGGAACGUAAUUUUAAGGGUGGAGAAGGAAAAAUGGGGAGGUAAGAGGUCGAACUGGGAGAAGGUAAAGGAGCUGUUCGCAGAAGGGCUUAAGGUGAGGGUGACGGUGAGGGAGGUGAUUGUGGUGGGACAGAGGGAAAUUUGGCUAACCAUACUGGUGAAGUUGGGAGACGAAGAGUAA